AUGGGAGCUGCUUUUAAAGCUUUCAAAUAAGCUUAAGAAAAAGUCGACGAAUAUAGAUCUAAUUUAGAUGACUUAAAAAAAAUAAAAAAAGAUUCAUAUGGAAAAAAAACCCCUGAAAUUGAACUUAUUAAGGGUGAAUGUUAAAAGUAAGUAGAUGAACUAAAAAAGAUGAAAAAUGAUGCUUACAAUAAUUUCUCUAAUUAAAUGAAAGCAUAUAAGGAUUAAUAAGAAUUAUACAGAUAUAUUGAAUUCGGUUUAAUUUCACUAUUAAGAAAUUUAAGAUAAGGUUAAAAAGAAAUAAGAUUGUUAGUUUUAGGUUUAGAUAAUGCAGGAAAAACUACAAUAUUAAAAGCACUUUCGAAUGAAGAUAUUACAACAAUAAAACCAACACAUGGUUUUAAUAUAAAAAACUUAACUCAUGAAGGUUUUAAGUUAAAUGUAUGGGAUGUAGGUGGUUAAAAAGCUCUUCGUACUUAUUGGCAAAAUUAUUUCGAAAACACAGAUGCCCUUGUUUAUGUUAUUGAUUCUUCUGAUUCUAAAAGGUUAAAUGAAUCUGGUGAAGAAUUAUAAAAACUGCUUUAAGAAAAGGACUUAGCAGGUGUUCCUUUAUUACUAUAUGCUAAUAAAUAAGAUUUAAAUUUAGCUUUACCUCCUGAUGAAAUAAGUGAAACAUUAAAGUUAGAUGAUAUAAAGGAUAGACCUUGGUCAAUUGUAGCUUGUUCUGCUGUUACUAAAGAAGGAAUAGAUGAAGGACUUGAAUGGCUUGUUUAGAAUAUUAAAAAAUGAUUUUUGUUUUAUUUUUAUAUUUUCAUAAAUAAAUUUCUUUUUAAAUUAACUUUCUUUUUUUA